AUGCAAAAUGCAUGUGCUGAAUGUGGGAAAUGUUUUACAAAGAAAUCAGUUCUUGUUAAACAUCAGGAAUUACACACAGGUGAGAAGCCACAUUCCUGCUCCGAAUGUGGAAAAUAUUUUUCAUAUAAAACAAGCCUUAUUAGACACCAGAGAUUGCACACAGGAGAGAAGCCAUAUUCCUGCCCUGAAUGUGGAAAAUGUUUUACAUGGAAGUCACAAUUUGUUAGCCAUCAGAGAUCUCACACAAAGGAGAAGCCGUACCCUUGCCCUGAGUGUGAAAAAUGUUUUUCAGAUAAAUCACACCUUAUUAGACAUCAGAGAUCUCACACAGGAGAGAAGCCGUAUUGCUGUCCUGAGUGCGGGAAAUGUUUUUCAGCUAAAUCAGACCUUGUUAGACAUCAGAGAUCUCACACGGAAUGUUUUUCACAGAAAUCAGACCUUCUUAGACACCAGAAAUUACACACGGAGGAGAAGCCAUAUUCCUGCCUCGAAUGUGGAAAAUGUUUUUCACAGAAAUCAGACCUUGUUAGACAUCAGAGAUCUCACACAGGGGAGAAGCCGUAUUCCUGCCCUGAAUGUGGAAAAUGUUUUUCACAGAAAACAAGCCUUGUUAUACAUCAAAGAUUGCAUACAGGGGAGAUGCCACAUUUCUGCUCUGAAUGUGGGAAAUUGUUUACAUGGAAAUCAGAAUUUGUUAGACAUCAGAGAUCUCACACGGGAGAGAAGCCGUAUUCUUGUCCUGAGUGCAGAAAAUGUUAUUCACGGAAAUCACACCUUGAUAUACACCAGAGAUCUCACACAGGGGAGAAGCCAUAUUCUUGUCCUGAGUGUGGAAAAUGUUAUUCGCGGAAAUCACACCUUGUUAUACAUCAGAGAUUCCAUACAGGUGAGAAGCCAUAUUCCUGCCUUGAGUGCGCAAAAUGUUUUUCACAGAAAACAAGCCUUGUUAGACACCAGAGAUUGCAUACAGGGGAGAAGCCACAUUUCUGCCCUGAAUGUGGGAAAUGUUUUACAUGGAAAUCACAAUUUAUUAGACAUCAGAGAUCUCACACGGGGGAAAAGCCGUAUUCUUGCCCCGUGUGUGGAAAAUGUUUUUCACGGAAAUCAGACCUUAUUAUACAUCAGAGAUCUCACACGGGGGAGAAGCCGUACUCUUGCCCUGAGUGCAGAAAAUGUUAUACACGUAAAUCACACCUUGUUAUACAUCAGAGAUCUCACACGGGGGAGAAGCCGUAUUCCUGUCCUGAGUGCGGGAAAUGUUUUUCACAGAAGUCCCAUCUUUACACACAUCAGAGAUCUCACAUGGGGGAGAAGCCACUUUCCUGUCCUGAGUGCGGGAAGGGUUUCCGUUUCAAAUCUGCUUUAGAUAUGCAUAAAAGAUCUCACACGGGUGAGAAGCCAUUUUCCUGUUCAGAGUGCGGGAAAUGUUUUUCACAGAAGUCACAUCUUUACAGACAUCAGAGAUCUCACACGGGGGAAAAGCCGUAUUCCUGUCCUGAGCGUGGGAAAACUUUUGUAAAUAAAUUAAAGCUUGUCACACAUCAAAGGUCUCACACGGGGGAUAAGCCGUAUUCCUGUUCAGAGUGUGGAAAAUGUUUUGUACAAAAAUCAGAACUUAUUAAACAUCAGAGAUCUCACACGGGGGAGAGGCCAUUUUCCUGUCAUGAGUGCGGGAAAUGUUUUUCAAGAAAGUCAAUUCUUUACAAUCAUCAGCGAUUGCACACAGGUGAGAAACUGUAUUCCUGUCCUGAGUGUAGUAAAUUUUUUAUACAAAAAUCAGAGCUGGUUACACAUCAUAGAUCUCACAUAGGGGGAAAGCAAUAUUCCUGUCCUAAUUGUGGGAAAUGUUUUUCAUAUCAGUCCAAUCUUCACAAACAUCAGAGAUUGCACACAAGUGAGAAUCCGUAUUUCUGUUCUGAGUGCGGGAAAUGUUUUAUAGGAAAAUCAAAACUUGUCAGACAUCAACGAUCUCACACGCAGGAAAAGCCGUAUUCCUGUCCUGAGUGCGGGAAAUGUUUUUCACAGAAGUCCAAUCUUUACAGACAUCAGAGAUCUCACACAGGGGAAAAGCCACAUUCCUGUCCUGAGUGCGGAAGAUGUUUUUCAGAUAUGUCCAAUCUUCAUAAUCAUCAGAGAUCUCACACAGGUGAGAAGCCACAUUUCUGUUCUGAGUGCGGGAAAUGUUUUAUACGAAAAACAGAACUUGUCACACAUCAGAGAUCUCACACGAAGGAGAAGCCAUUUUCCUGUCCUGAAUGCGGGAAAUGUUUUUCACAGAAGCCACAUCUUUACACACAUCUGAGACUGCACACGGGGGAGAAGCCGUAUUCCUGUCCUGAGUGCGGGAAAUGUUUUUCACAGAAGUCCCAUCUUUACAAACAUCAGAAAUUGCACACGAGGGAGACACCACUUUUCUGUCCUGAGUGA